CUUAAAUUGCUAUAUAACAGUGUAUAUGAUAAAUUGAUAAAGCAUUACAGAAGAAUCAGUCAGAGUUGAACAAGAUGCACAAUGAUUUUGAUUGAUAAAAAGAUCAUAUAUCUGUUUAUAAUGGUAUAACAGACAGCUGCCUAGUUAACUGACAUCAUUAUGAAUACAAGGGAGAUAAUUUUCAUGAGUGUUGCCAUUUCCAUAGCAGCAGUGUUUCAGUAUUAUGAUUGGUUGUUUAUUUCCUUGUUCCUCAUGUUUAUGACAGCAGUAGGAGUGCUAGGGAUAUACCUGAGUGUGUCAUGGUCCCUUGUUAGAGGAAAACAGUACAAACCUUCCAGUCAGCCUACAGAACCAGCUAACAUCAAGGAGUUGUUGGAGAAAAUGAUGGAAAAGAAAUCAGAAACAUUAGAAGAACAGAAGAAAGUAGUUGUGUCUCGUAAUAUUGACAAUGCAGUAAGAGAAGUAAUGGAUUUUGUGAUCAGAGAUUUUAUUUUAUCAUGGUACACAGAGCUGUCUGUGGAUCAAACAACAGCAACAAAUGCUAUUAAAAAUGACAUGUGGGUUGUCUUAGAGAAUUUAAGUACACGACUGUCAAAGAUAGACAAAGUAAAAGUGAUGACCCAGGACGUGAUGGAACUUACAUAUCAACAUUUCAACAAAAUACGCCUAUGUUCUGCAAGCAAGGGACCAGAUCAAAGGAAAUUUAUUCUCCAUGCAUGGUUAGCUAAUGAGGACACUGAACUAGAAUUCCUAAGAAAAUUGUGUGAUGCUUUUCUGAUCGUUCUUCUACCCAGCCACUAUAGAGGUUGUAUAAGUCUACGACAUUUACUGAGGGAAAUAUUAACAGGGUCUGUUGUAAAACCAGCAGUAGACAUGCUCUGUGACCCCGAUUACAUAAACAGGAAGUUAAUAAGUUACAUUGAUUAUCGUCAGCGACUGUCAGAGGAUACGAAGAAGACAUAUACCUAUGCUGCCACCUAUGAAGAUUUUAUAAAACUGAUUGAUAAGUGUAAUGAUAUAGAACAACUUAAACAAAUCAGAUACAACAUCCUAACAGAAAUAAUUCAUGCUACUACUAUAGAUAAUCUGAAGAAAGAACAAGGUCCUAUAUCUGAUAGAACGAGUCCCACCCCAGGCAUUGGGAAAGGAGAAUUACUAAAGGCCAGGAACCUGAAGAGAUAUACCAAUCAGUUGUCAGUUGCCAAAACCAAAUCUGAGAAGAGAUUACACUACCUUGGGGGUCCAGAAUAUAAAGCUUAUGAUCUUCAGGAUGAUACCAUGGAAACGAGUCAGAAAGUGUUGACAUUUCAAGAGAUAAUGGACAGUCCCAGUGGUAGGGAAGAAUUCUCCAGAUAUUUAAAGAGAACUGAUAGUGAUUCAUUGAUGGGGUUUUGGAAUUCUGUUGAAAAACUGAAGAAUAUGGACAAGAAACUACAGCACCAUCAAGCUAGUGAAAUAUAUCAACAGUACAUAGCAAGCAGCAAUAGUAUUGUAAAACUGGAUAAAACUAUCAUCAAAGGGAUGGAAGCUUUUAUGUUGGGUAAUCAGGGACCAGAGAAGUUUUAUGAAGGUCAAGUGACCAUUGAACAUAUCUUACAAACCCAGCAUUAUCCGUCAUUCCUUGUGAGUGAUAUAUAUAAUAGAUAUGUCAGAAGUUUAGAGGAUGGUACUCUCGAUGCUAAAUCUGACUCAGCUAAAGAUUACUUGCUGUUUGAGCCCAAAGACCAUUUUGUUGAUCCUGAGGAUGAAGAUGAAGAAAUGUUUGCCAGUCAGUCCUACGAGGCUCAGGCGAGACUCCAACAGCUGGACGAGAAAAUAGAGAAUAAAACCCAGGCUUUACAUGCAAUGAGGGCCACAAAGACCACAGCAGCUGAUGACUCUAAGAAAGAAAAAGUAGAAAAAGAAAUAGAAAAGGAACUUGAGAAUCUAGAAAUGGAGAAAAGAAUGAGAGAGGCUCACAUACUGAGGACCAGGACCUGGAUAGAAAACCAGGGACAAUGGAGGGUCCAUGUAUAUGGUGCUGAGUUAGUAGAGGAACAAGAUAAGAAGAUAUUGGUUUAUGUUUUGGUUGUUUAUUUAACUGGAGGAGAUGAAGGCAGCCAGAAUCUACAGAACAGUUCAAAUGGAUGGACUGUAUCUAGGAAUUUAGCAGAAUUCCAUACUCUGAAUGAACAAUUGUGUCAGAUAGGUCCCUGGUUGAAGAAGAAAGACAUUCCAUCAGCAGGCAGAUUUACCACCAUCGACGACAAGUUUAUAGAAGAGAGUAAAAAGACACUCAGUAGUUACUUAGAAGUUAUUUUAAAAGAUGAAAGGAUGGCCCAUAGUGAGGCUCUGUAUGCCUUCCUGUCUCCAUCACCAGAAUACUUCAAACAGAACAAGUUAGAGAAAAGUAACUUCUUCCUAAGGACUCUCCUGAAAAAAUUUCCCUCCAGACAACCAGAACCACAUGACAGUGAUGAUGAACUUCUCUUUGGCAGGGAGGAAGAGACCAAACUGGAUAGAAAUGUAGAUUCUAUUGCCGAACCUUUCUAUAAACUGGUGAAUGAGAUUUUUGAAUCUAGAGGAAUGUUUAAAUGGCUUAGGAAAAGUUUUAUUAUGUUUGUAGAGGUUACUUUUGGCAGAACUAUUAACAGACAACUGUGUGAGACUGUGGACUGGAUAUUUUCUGAGUCUAUGAUAAUAUAUUACAUACAACAGUUUACACUAUCCAUGUGGCCUGAUGGAAAACUAGCUGAAAAUGAAUCGUCCAGAAGUGAUGAAGAAAAACUUAAAACAAGGAUGGAAGCUAAGGAAAAAUUCUUACAAAAUAUGCCAGAUGCUAUAAAGACAUUGUUAGGAGAAGAUAAUGGACGGAGAGGCACAAUUAAAAUAUUUGAGGUGCUACAGGAUACUAGACUCAAUAAACAAUUAUUUUAUGAUCUUGUAAAUCUACUGACUCUUGAACUCUGUCCAGAAAUCAAGAACAAAAAACCGUUCGUACCAGACGCAACAAAAGAAACAAAGUUUUAGUAUUGACCUUUGAACUGAAUCAAUGUGGUCAACAUCAAACAACUGUUUGUGUCAAACAAGAAAAGAAAAGAAAUCAUACAGAAAACAUAGUAUCAAAAUUGAUAUUAUGUAAUGCAGUGAUGAUAUUGUAAACUUAUUUUGUAAAUAUAAGUGAUAUCUUAUGUAACUGGCAUCUGUCUAAAUCUGCUCAAAAUGUCAUUGCCAACUUUAAUAUUAUUAUCGCUAUUUAAUUUUCUUAAAUUUUUUCCUUGAUCUUUCUAUGUGAUAAUUAAUUUUCCAUUUCAAGUUUUUCAAUUGAGAAUGGUUAUUCUCAGUUGAAAAGAGUGAAAACUUUAUGACUUCAUAAGCUAACAUCAUCGAUGUUGCCUAAGAAAAUAGCAAUAAACAGAUCAUCUGUGUUCUUUCCAAUAGAGAAACUCCCUCUCAUUGUCAAAACCAAAUAAUUUAUUUAUAUAGUAAAGAUAUUUUUGUGACUGUCAACUUUCUUCUUGACACGAUUUGAAGCAAUAACAUUCAAAAUCUAGAACUUAAAAAGGAUUGGUAAAAUAUUGGUUACUCAUCAUGUUUUUUCUUUAUACCCAUUGUUUCAAGAAAUAUAUAUUUGUACUCUUGAACAAAUAGACUACUUAUUUUUAUGAAGUAUAUGGGGUGUAAAAGUCAAUUAAGUGUCAGAUAUGGUAUUUAUUAAUGAUCAAGUACAUAUCCAUUUGAGCACACAGAAAUGUGACUCUUGAUUCAAGUCUACAUAUUUUCAUCUUUAAUAUUUUGCAAAUAUAUAAUGCAGUGGUAAGUUGAUAUUAAUUUGCAAUGUUUUUUUUAUAAAUGGGAUAGAAUUGACAAUUUAUUAAACUUAUAGGUUGUUGUUUAAUUUUAUCAGAGAGAAAAAUGGACAUUAGAUAUCAUAUAUUUUCUUAGAGUGGCUAGUAUAAAGUUGUUCAAUAUUAUUAAUUUCAUUAUAGUCAUCCAUAAACCAUUAAAUGGUAAAACUGUAAAAUUGAGAUAACCUUGUUCUAACUGACCUGUGAUAAUCAGCAUUAUAUUUACACAAAUUAUUCAUAUUCUUGGAACACUGGACGUUAUGCAACAAACAAUCAAUCAAUCAUCUUAUUCUUAGGAAAUAUUUUUGCAAUUUCAUGAUUAAAUUAUAUACAGCAUAUUAAUUAUCUUUGUGUGGUACUAAUUAUACAACCACUCAGAAGGAGGGCUAUACUGUUUUAAGUCUGUCCUUUUAUCUGUCCCAACAAAGAUUUUGUCACAUUUUCCUCAGAACUACUAAUCAGAUUUCCUGAAAUAUAGUAUCAAGCUUCAUAUGAGCUAUACUUUAUAAACUUUAUAUUUAUCAAAUGCUGAUAGAUAGGGUAUUAUUAGUGAGUAAUAGCUCUCAGUACAUCUUGUUUUCCUGGAUUUUUUGGGGAAAAAACAUAAAUUUUAAUGAUUAACAAAAAUUACAAUUUCCUGUAGGCUUCAUGGUACAAUUUGCCAAAACAAUGAAAUCAAGUAUUCAUAAAAAUGGUAAAGAAUAGAGUCAGUGAUUAAUUGCAAUUUGGAGGUCUCCAAACUUUUGAUUCCGACAGCUUUGAGAGCAUGGAAUUUGUGGAUCAAACAAUCCUAUUUUAUGGGGAUGUCUGACCUACGGUCAUUUGGAUUGUUCCAGAGAACUUCGAUGAUUUCAAAUGGCAUAUGGUUAAUGUUGUGUCUGAUGGCAUUGUGAAAUGGCAUUACCUUUCCUAUAUUUAUCCAUAAAAAUACUAUUUUACCUGAAUCCAUAAAAUAAUUGUACCCAAGAAAAUAAAAAUAAAUCAACUGUAUUUUAUCUGCUGCUUAGUAUAUAUAUAAAGUUCAUUCUGUGUCUAUCAACAGUUCAUUUUAAUGUAAAUCAGGAAUUAAUUACAGCCUUUUUUUGUAUGGAAUAGUUAAAGUUAUACUGUAAUAUCCUGUAUCAGAAAAAAAUUGUGAAAAAUUUUGAUGAGGAGGAGUCCUGUCUUAUUGGAGACUAUGUGGCCAUAACUGUUAGAUAGAUUUCAUGACUUAUGACUUUGAAGAUUUUUUUUUUUGUGUAUUUUAUAUGCUCUGUUUAAUCAUGCUUUAAAUUGUUAUCCUCGCCAUUAACCCAUGACCUGUAAGGCACCUGCCUGGUUCCUUCAUAUUUUAUCAGAGCUAUGAAGGGAGACGGAUUUAUAUAAGUUAUUCUUGUUUCCGAAUCCCAGAAUUUAUAUUGUAUAAUUGUAUUUUGUGCACUUUUGAAAAAAAAAUAUUGUUUAAACCAGAGCUAUGAAUAUUCAUAAAUUGAGUUGACCAAUGAAAAUACUGUGAUAUCUAAUUCUAUAUGUUCUAUAAUGUUAUAGGUUGUAAGAUGUGAGCAAGAGUAUAAACACAAGCAAAUGUGAUGGGGAUUGAACUUUUUGUAUUCUAAUGAAAACUAAAUUUAUUUCAUGAAUGUUUUGUGGGUAAAUAAUUUUUUUCUUAUCAAUCAUAAAUGAGAGCAGCUUGUUUGCAAGCCUUUGUCAUAUUUUCAGAUUAACAUAUAGUUGUAAAUCUUAAAUGCAGAUUAAGUAACUGUCAGUUGCUUAAGAGCUCUUUCCUUAACUACAAUGGUGAAAAAUACUCUUUUGACAUUUUUCUUCGCCUCUAAAAUUUUUUGAAAAUGUCUUUCGUGAUAAUGGCACCACAAAAAGUCAGAUAGAAAACUGCCACUAAAGAAUAUGCCAGAAUUUUCAUAUACCAUUUAGCAGGAGAAAUAAACUGUUUUUAGCUGUAACUGCUUUCAGAUGGUCUGAAGUGUCUGUAUGGCAUUUGGCAGUUGACCUUGCCCUCAUUUUCAUUGUAUAUUGACUUAUUAAAGUCCAGGUUAAGUUUUUGUGAUUGGGUCAUGUUUAUAUUGAGUAAGAGCUCAACUGUACACAGUCUAUGGUAUAUUUGUAUGAUGAACUAUCUGCUUGACAGGAGUCACCUGACCUUGACUUCUUUUCAUGUUACAAUGAUCAAUGUAAGUCGUCUUCAUUUCGUCCAUAGAAUCAUUGCAUGGUGAACAUGUCUGAUUGACAGGAGUCACCUGACCUUGACUUCUUUUCAUGUUGCAGUGAUCAAUGUAAGUUGUCAUCAUUUCGUCCAUAGAAUCAUUGAAUGGUGAACAUGUCUGGAUUGACAAUGUUCAUACGACCUUGACUUCGUUUGAACAUUACUACAUGGUAUUUUUUUCUGAGUAUGAAACCUUGUCUUUUGGUAUAAAAACAUAAUCAAGAAAUAAUUUGCAUUGCCUGGCUAAGAUUGUGCUUUCAAAACAAUAUAAAUACUCUGCACUCAUUUUUGUACAGAUUUCUAUAAGUUUCCUCAUUUUGAAAUUUUAAAAAAUGCCUGAACUGUCUUAUCAUCCUUAGUAUGCAUGAAAUACUUGCUGCUGGGCAUUACACAACUAUAAAUUUAAACAGUUUUAUUGUUUUGUAAAUGAAUCAAUGUGACUUACCAUAAAAACUAAAAGGGAAAUAUAAAGAUGUUCAAUGAACUGGGUUUAUUUUUAGCUCACCUGGCCCAAAGGGCCAAGUGAGCUUUUCUCAUCACUUGGCGUCCGUCGUCCGUUAACUUUUACAAAAAUCUUCUCCUCUGAAACUACGUGGCCAAAUUUAACCAAACUUGGCCACAAUCAUCAUUGGGGUAUCUAGUUUAAAAAAUGUGUCCGGUGAUCCGGCCAACCAACCAAGAUGCCACCAUGGCUAAAAAAAGAACAUAGCCGUAAAAUGUAAAUUUUGGCUUAUAUCUCUGAAACCAAAGCAUUUAGAGCAAAUCUGACAUGGGGUAAAAUUGUUUGUCAGGUCAAGAUCUAUCUGCCCUGAAAAUUUCAGAUGAAUCGGAUAACCCGUUGUUGGGUUGCUGCCCCUGAAUUGGUAAUUUUAAGGAAAUUUUGCAGCUUUUGGUUAUUAUCUUGAAUAUUAUUAUAGAUAGAGAUAAACUGUAAACAGCAAUAAUGUACAGCAAAGUAAGAUCUACAAAUAAGUCAACAUGACCAAAAUUGUCAAUUGACCCCUUAAGGAGUUAUUGCCCUUUAUAGUCAUUUUUAGCUCACCUGGCCCAAAGGGCCAAGUGAGCUUUUCUCAUCACUUGGCGUCCGUCGUCCGUCGUCCGUAAACUUUUACAAAAAUCUUCUCCUCUGAAACUACUGGGCCAAAUUUGACCAAACUUGUCCACAAUCAUCAAUAGGGUAUCUAGUUUAAAAAAAUGUGUCCGGUGACCCGGCCAACUAACCAAGAUGGCCGCCAUGGCUAAAAAUAGAACAUAGGGGUAAAAUGUAGAUUUUGGCUUAUAUCUCUGAAACCAAAGCAUUUAGAGCAAAUCUGACAUGGGGUAAAAUUGUUUAUCAGGUCAAGAUCUAUCUGCUCUAAAAUUUUCAGAUGAAUCUGAAAACCCGUUGUUGGGUUGCUGCCCCUGAAUUGGUAAUUUUAAGGAAAUUUUGCCGUUUUUGGUUAUUGUCUUGAAUAUUAUUAUUGAAAGAGAUAAAUUGUAAACAGCAAUAAUGUUCAGCAAAGUAAGAUCUACAAAUAAGUCAACAUGACCAAAAUGGUCAGUUGACCCCUUAAGGAGUUAUUGCCCUUUAUAGUCAAUUUUUAACCAUUUUUCGUAAAUUUUUGUAAUCUUUUACAAAAAUCUUCUCCUCUGAAACUACUGGGCCAAGUUCAUUAUAGAUAGAGAUAAUUGUAAGCAGCAAGAAUGUUCAGUAAAGUAAGAUCUACAAACACAUCACCAUCACCAAAACACAAUUUUGUCAUGAAUCCUGUGUCCUUUGUUUAAUAUGCACAUAGACCAAGGUGAGUGACACAGGCUCUUUAGAGCCUCUAGUUUUAUAAUGUAGGAGGGAUUUUUUAUUCAUUAUAACCAUGAUAACAGUUGAUUCUGACAAUGUUAAGUAUGCAUAAAAUGUAACUAAAGUCAUUCAUUGUACAAUUAUUUUUGUAUAUUUUGAUGGGAAAUGUGCAAUAAAUUUAUACAA